CUUCUGACUCAGACUAUGCCCAGCAGCCAUGACAACAUCUGAAACACAAGCCUUCCUCUUCCUCUUCCUCAUCUGCCUCUCAGGCCUGCUUUAUUGUAGCUUCUUGGAACAGAGGCUUUAUCAUCGGAAAUAUCAUCUAGUUGUUGGUCAAAAAAACAUCACUAUCCUACUGUGGCACUGGCCAUUUGGCCGCUCUUACAGACUUGACGGAGACAAAUGCCUUGAGAUGUACAACAUCAGCCACUGUUUCCUCACUCAUAACACCUCCUCCUUCUAUGCUGCUGAUGUGGUCGUCUUUCACCACCACGACAUAAGAAAAGAUCCUUCUUCGCUGCCCCUUCACCUGCAUCGUCCAACUUCUCAGCACUGGGUGUGGAUGUCAAUGGAGCCCCCUGUCAACAAUGCAAAUCUCACACAGCUCAGCGGUCUCUUCAACUGGACAAUGAGCUAUAGACGUGAUGCAGACAUAACCAUCCCUUAUGGAAAGACCAUGCUAGGAGGUGAUGAGCUAGACUUUCAGGCUGCUCCAAAUCGAUCCUGCCUUGUCAGCUGGGUGGUCAGUAAAUACCUGCCUCACCAGGCUCGGGCUCAUGUUUACCAAAAUCUAAAGAAGUAUAUCCCCAUAGAGGUGUAUGGCAAGUGGAACAAGAAACCCUUGUCAAAGCGGAAGCUGUUGCCCACAAUUGCAAAAUGUUUUUUUUACCUGUCUUUUGAGAACUCAGAGGCAAAGGACUACAUCACUGAAAAGCUCUGGAGGAAUGCUUUCCAAGCAGGGGCGAUACCUGUAGUUUUGGGACCCAGCAGGGCAACCUAUGAGGCCUUAGCUCCCCCUGGCUCCUUUAUCCAUGUGGCUGAUUUCAAGAGCACAGCACAUUUAGCUGCCUAUCUGAAGCAUGUGACUGCAGACAGGCAGGCCUAUGAAAAGUACUUCCAGUGGCACCACACUCACAGAAUUAAAACCUACACCGACUGGAGAGAAAGGCUGUGUCAGAUCUGUGUUAAGUACCCCAGUUUACCAGCCAAUAGAGUCUAUGAGGAUCUGGAGGGCUGGGUUAAAAGCUAAGAUUUGAUCUCUUCAUGCUUUGAGUCACUGAGGUGUUUUUUGAUUGGGACUCCGAUACUACUGGGUUACAACAUGCAAAUGUGAAAUACCACACAGUGACUUUUGAAUUUCAUGUGUCUCAGACAGCCAUGAAGUUUUGGUAAACCAUGAGAAUAUGUACACCACAGAGACAAGAGGAAGUGGGAACUUGUGAGUAACUAUAAAUAAGCAUGUUUCAUCUGUCAAAACCUCAGAGACAUGCUUGGCUUUAUUGUUGGUUGUAUGCUAAGGGGCCCUGUUGUGCUUAAACAAACUACUUUUCUUCGAUCUAUUCAAAGGUGAAGCUUUGGUUAAGCUUACACAACUGAAAUGACUUGGUACUUGGUAAUAAUAAUAAUAAUAAUAAUAAUAAUAAUACUAGUAAUAAUAAUAAUAAUAAUCUCAUUUAUAUUUAUCACAUCUACUCUUUCAUUCAGAAAUUCUAAAGUCGUAUAAGACCAUAUAGAAAUACCGGAUUUGCAGGAUGUAAAUAAACAUGGCAACACUUCAGGAGGUUAGUAUUCAAAGAUGCUAAAUAGAAGCUUCUGAACUGUCUCUGAUAUAUUGUUAAUUCUGUG